AUGGAGUUCCCCAUUUUUAUUCUCAAAGCAUAUGCCGAUGUGUCCUUAUCCUCUUCCUUCAAUUUAAUUUCCUCACUACUUCCUUCCCCGGCGACUUCAUAACAGAAGGUUCGACCUUUUUUCGCUUUUCAUCAAAUACCCGGGAUUACUCCGGUUUCCUUUCGCCGGAAAAUGGCUUCCCGGAAAGUACCAUUAGCCAUCACUCUACUCCUCUACCUGAUAGUUUGCUCCCAGUCUCGCAGCUUUGAUAAUUUACAAAAGCGCAAGAGUAUCCAAGGACCAAUCAAAACCAUAGUGGUCCUGGUAAUGGAAAAUCGCUCAUUUGACCACAUCUUGGGUUGGCUCAAGUCGACCCGACCCGAAAUCGAUGGGCUGACCGGCGCUGAGUUUAACCGGUUCAAUGCAUCUGAUAUGAACUCCCCCGAGGUUUUCGUCUCGGAUGAUGCUGUGUUCGUUAAUUCGGACCCGGGCCAUUCCUUUCAGGCGAUCCGGGAACAAAUUUUCGGGUCGAACGACAGUUCCGCGAACCCGGCUCCGAUGAACGGUUUCGUGCAACAAGCGGCGGGCAUGGACCAAGGCAUGGCGAAGAACGUAAUGAGCGGUUUCAAACCGGAGGUUUUGCCGGUUUAUACCGAGUUAGCGAAUGAGUUCGCCGUGUUCGAUCGGUGGUUCGCGUCGGUUCCUGCUUCGACUCAGCCAAACCGGUUUUACGUCCACUCGGCGACCUCUCACGGAGCCAUGAGCAACGUGAAGAAGGAUCUCAUCCUCGGAUUCCCGCAGAAAACCAUCUUCGAUUCCCUGGAAGAAGACGGGCUGAGUUUUGGAGUUUAUUACCAAAAUAUCCCCGCUACUCUCUUCUUCAAAUCCCUGAGAAAGCUAAAACACGUUACCAAGUUCCACGACUACGCACUCAAAUUCAAAUUGCACGCUACGUUAGGGAAGCUCCCCAACUAUGUGGUGGUGGAGCAACGGUACUUUGACAUUGACCUGUUUCCCGCCAACGAUGAUCAUCCGUCGCAUGACGUGGCGAUCGGACAGAAGUUCGUGAAGGAGGUGUACGAGAUACUGAGGAGUAGCCCGCAGUGGAAAGAAAUGGCGUUAUUGAUAACCUACGAUGAGCAUGGUGGGUUCUACGAUCACGUACCGACUCCUGUCUCGGGCGUGCCUAACCCGGACGGUAUCAUCGGACCCGACCCGUAUUACUUCCGUUUCGAUCGGUUGGGUGUUCGGGUCCCCACGUUCCUCAUCUCGCCGUGGAUUGAAAAGGGAACUGUUAUCCAUGAGCCAGAUGGGCCUACACCAAGUUCUCAAUUUGAACAUUCUUCCAUCCCAGCAACUGUCAAGAAGCUUUUCAACCUGAAAACAAACUUCCUGACCAAGAGGGAUGCAUGGGCUGGUACUUUCGAGAAGUACUUUUCCUUACGUAAAACUCCACGUGAUGAUUGUCCAGAAUCCCUACCAGAGAUAACUAGGUUAUUGAGGCCAUGGGGACCAAAAGAAGAUGCAAGUCUCUCAGAGUUCCAAGUUGAACUGAUCCAGCUUGCAUCACAACUCAAUGGCGAUCACGUUCUGAAUGCUUACCCAUAUAUUGGCAAACAAUUGACAGUGGGUGAGGCCAACAGAUAUGCGGAGGAUGCUGUCAAGAGGUUCCUGGAAGCUGGAAAGGCAGCACUAAAUGCCGGAGCUAAUGAAUCUGCUAUUGUGACGAUGAGACCGUCUCUCACAAGUCGAAUUAAAGCUGGGGAUGACGCCGGUUAUAUCAGCUCCUACUGAUUCUUCUAUAUAAAUUGCUGGGUGCAGAUGUAUAUUUAAACCCUGUAUUGUAUACGUACAUAAACAUAUAAAUAGACGAUUGGGGAAGCAUGGGUUAUAUUCACUACCUAAAGGGGAGCCUAGACUAGCAGCUGGUUAUUGUAUAUGAACCUAUUGUUCCACUAUAGAAGGAUUAUGCUUGGUUGUUUCUGAAGAAAAUCAGAGCAUGCAACUCUUUUACUGUUA